CCACGGACAGACAAGCCGCAGCUAGUUAGCAGAAAACAUAAACACCAGUAUAUUCUCGAGGAGAUCGGGUAAUUUUUGCAGUUGAGCGUUUGUUUAAUAUGCCACAAUUUAUUGCAGAAAAAGUACACGAUGAGGUAGUUUAGCUAAAACUCUUAUGGUCAGCAAUGUUUGUUUGGAUCUCAGGAUUUCCAAGGCCCUGCUAACGGAUGCCAAUGAUUCAGCUGGAGAAACCAGUGCUGACUGGUACCAUGCCUGUGGUAUGGCCUACCAUCCUCGACCUGGGCAGGGAUGAGUGCAAAAGAAUUCUCCGUAAACUGGAGCUGGAGGCUUAUGCUGGGGUUAUCAGUGCCUUACGAGCCCAAGGCGACCUGACGAAGGACAAGAAGGAUCUCUUAGGAGAACUCACAAAAAUUCUUGGGAUCUCAACUGAGCGCCAUCGUGCAGAGGUCCGCAGGGCUGUCAAUGAUGAACGCCUCACCACCAUUGCGUAUCACAUGUCUGGUCCUAACAGCUCGUCUGAAUGGUCCAUUGAAGGACGCCGGCUUGUUCCCUUGAUGCCGAGGCUGGUCCCUCAGACAGCCUUCACUGUGACUGCUAAUGCUGUGGCCAGUGCCACAGCCAAUCAGAAUGCCUCCCUUCUGUUACCAGCUGAAACGGGAAACAAAGAAGUGGUUGUAUGUUACUCCUACACAAGCACCACCUGCACCUCCACCAGUGCUACAGCAACCAGCGGCACCAUAGGAGCGGUUAAAUCACCUCGACCACCCAGUCCUACAUCCAACGUAGUGGUGCUGCCCAGCGGGAGCACUGUCUAUGUGAAAAGUGUGAGCUGCUCCGAUGAGGACGAGAAGCCUCGCAAGCGACGGCGGACCAACUCGUCCAGCUCGUCGCCGGUGAUGCUGAAGGAGGUUACCAAGGUGUCCCCGCAGGUAUCCAAGAGCAUCACGGUGCCUGUGAGUGGAAGCCCCAAGAUGAGCAACAUCAUGCAGAGCAUCGCCAACUCGCUGCCGCCACACCUGUCCCCUGUCAAGAUCACCUUCACCAAGCCCACCAUCCAGACCACAAGCACCGCAACACAGAAGGUGAUCAUCGUGACAACUUCUCCCAGCUCCAACUUUGUGCCCAACAUCCUGUCCAAGUCUCACGCUCACAACAGUGCCUCCCUGUCCAAGCUGAGCGCCACCUCCAUGCUGAGCACGUCCACACAGAAACAGACGGUGGUCUUCCCAGCCAGCUCCAGCCCCUCCUCAAACCCCAACACCGUCGCAGUCACCACAGUGGUCUCCUCUACUCCUUCAGUGGUCAUGUCAACUGUCGCAUCAUGUGCUGCUUCAGCCGGAGUGAAGGUGGCUUCAGCCAGACUUCCUUCACCUAAGACCCUGAUGGGGUCACCUGCUCAGAUCCUGGCCCAGUUCCCCAAACAGCAGUCGCCCAAACAGCUCCAGCAGAGUUCACCUUUAGGAGCUUCAAGUAUCAGCCAGACCCAGACCUCCUCCAGCUCACCUGGGGCAAAGCCCACCAUUCAGAUCAAACAAGAGUCUGGGGUCAAGAUAAUCACUCAGCAGGUUCAGCCCAGCAAAAUCCUGCCCAAGCCUUCAUCUGUGGCGUUGUCCAGCAGCAGCUCGUCACCCAUUAUGGUUGUCAGUAGCAAUGGAGCCAUCAUGACCACCAAACUGGUCACUCAGCCCACAGCUUCCCAGGCCACCUAUACAAGACCCACUGUUGGCCCUAGCAUCGGCGCUAGAAUAACAGCCUCCAGCGGUGGGACCACCUACGUCAAGACCACCAGCGGCAGCAUCAUCACAGUCGUGCCCAAGUCUCUGGCCACUCUGGGUGGGAAGAUCAUCAGCAGCAACAUCGUCUCUGGUACGACGACUAAGAUCACCACCAUCCCCAUGACCUCCAAGCCAAAUGUCAUUGUGGUUCAGAAAACCACAGGAAAAGGAGCUACCAUCCAAGGACUGCCUGGCAAGAAUGUGGUCACGACACUUUUAAAUGCCGGGGUGUCGCCAAAGUUAGAAAUCUUCAAAUCCUACAUAAAGGGUGAGAAAGGCCUGCAGGCUGUUCAGGGGACCAAACCAGCGAUCAUCACUGCCUCCAGACCCAUUACCAAAAUGAUCGUCACACAGCCCAAAGGCAUGAGCUCUGGAUCCCAGUCCACCACCACCAAGAUCAUCCCAACCAAGAUCGUCUACGGCCAGCAGGGCAAGACACAAGUUUCCUUCCAGGUUCUCAUCAAGCCUAAGCCAGUCUUCCAGACAGCCGUGGUGAGCGAACAAACCAGGCAGCUGGUUACUGAGACGCUGCAACAGGUGACCCGCUCAGCAGACACCGGGCAGGGUCAGAGCUCAGGCCAGGACGGAUCCUCAAAGGACGAUUCCAGCAGUUUAGCCGGGGAGACCUCCCAUGGCAGCGCUCAAGAACCUCAGCCUGUAGUGCAUGUCGUGUCCUCCAGAGAGCAGGAUUGGACAGAGCAGGAAGUCUCUGUGGAAUCCACCCCGACUAUUAUCUAUCAGGAGGUGUCUGGCGGGGAAUCCCAGUCCGCCACUUCCACCAUCAAAGCCCUGCUGGAGCUGCAACAGACAACAGUGAAGGAGAAGGGAGAGUCCAAACCCAGACAACACACCAUCGACCUGAGUCAGAUGGCUGUGCCCAUCCAGCUGGCCCAGGAGAAGAAGCCCAGCCCAGAGUCCCCCAGGCCCUCCACCUCAGAGGCUGAACCCAGCACAGAUUACGUCACAGCAGGUAAAGCAAGUAGAGUGGGAGCGUCCUCCGAGGGUGAUGACGUGGUCAUGUCCUCCGGUCAGCAGCUGGGGAAACCCUACAAAAUUGGCAGCCAGGUCACCGUGGUAACCAAACCGGUCGCUGUCUCCUCUGUGUCCGCAGCUUCACACGUCAGCCACCUGCCCUCGGACAGCCAUGGUAAAACUGAGACCGUGUUAGAGGCAGGCGAGAUGGAAGGCGACACCUUGGACCCCCAGACAGGCUUGUUUUACCGCUGCAGCCAACCAGCUACAGAUCCUGUGAAGCAAACCUCUGCAGGCUCUCAGCCGCCUCCCUUGAGCCAGGCAGAGGCAGAGCACAGCCGGCACAGCUCCCCCGCCACUCAGCCAACGCCGCCGCCGCCACAACUGCAGAGCAAACCUCACAUCAGCCAGCCUUCCUCUUCCUCCACUACCUUCCCAUCCACUCCUCCUCUGACUAAGAAACUCCCAAAGCUACGAGAGCAGUUUCUGCCCAAACCCCAGGCCUUAACCCAGAGCCCCAAGGACAGACCUCUGGCUGCACCAGCACAAGCCGUGGCAAAGGUCACGAGCCCGCUUACACCAACUAAGCCCCUGUUGACGCCGCAGCUCCCGAAGCUUCAGCAAGCACCCACAUCGCACCACAGGCCCCUGCACACGCCCAUGUCGCAUCCUCCUCCACUGCAGGCACACCACCCUGUCAGCACUGAAAAGACUCCCUCCAGCCAGCAGCCAAUCAUCACACAGAGCGCCACUGUCACCAAGAUCACCUUUGGCAGCCCCCACCAUUCAUCGCCGGUAUUCAGCAGUGCCGAGGCCACCGCCAAACUGAUCCCCGAGUCCAGCUCCGGCCCGUCGGGGGACAAGCCCACGGUGUCAGACAUCCUGAAGAUCUCCAUGAUGGAGGCGGAGAUCGAUCCGAGCACAGAGCCCAUGGUGGUGGAUUCUUCCAGCGACUGCGGCCCUCUGGGGAAAGCUCUGGAGGUCCAAGCUAUGUCAGGCACGCUGGACUCAGGCCAGUUCAUCAGCAGCUCUGGGACCUCGAUGCAUCAUUCCCACACUAAGCCCCAGCAGUUCAGCUGCAUGCAGGGCCUCACAGCACAGAGGAGCAAAGAAGAUUUGGAGGUCAUUGAGGUGAUUCCUCAGUACUCCAUCCUGCCGGACUCCAGCCAGUCCAACGUGGUGGUGGAGCCCAGCGGCUUCCUGGAGAUCACCAACUACACCAGCCAGCAGCUGGAGGAGGACAGUCCCAUGGAGCAGGAAGUGGACAGCAGCAACGACGAGGCCACGGCAGCCAGUCCCCCCGACCAACCAUAGACACUCCAUGUGGGUAAAGACGCUGAGGGGAGCAGAUUUGAACAAGCAGACUAAUGCUUUGUUUGUGGCCUCAGAACCAGCAGACAAAGACAACAUUUUUUUUUACUGUGCAGGAGCUACAUUUUUUUAGUUUUUGUGUAAAUACUAGUUUGUUCAUACUAGGGAUUUUGUCCUCCCAGCGACUAACGGCGCAUAUGUUUUUUAUUGCUAGUGAGGAGAGGUGAACGUAAAGUGUGGGAGUGAGGUGAAAGGAUUAGUUAUAGUGUAGACCCAGACAGUUGGAAAACAAGACUCUCCAGACACACAGGGACUUUGUUAACAUUAAUAUUAACAUUGUUUCUUGCAGGACUUUGCAAGACAGUUACACAUUUGUGAAAUUGAUUAUUUGGAUUUUUUGGCACCGUGCCAGAAACAUGCAGCCGUGUCACACUGCAGGCCUUUAUGUUGCUUGUACAGAGUUUCAAGUACUAGUUACGCAACAGUUGCUUUGGGUUGUCACAUUUUGUACAAAAUAACUCUCCUAUUGAUGGACGUCUUCUUUUGAUGACCUGAUGGUUUUACCACCAGAUGAAAAGUAUUUUCUUUGACUGAAGUGCAACUUUGUAACAGUAAAAACUCUUAAAAUGCUUAUUUUAAGUUUUCAGAAGAGACAACAAAACUGGACCAGACUGAAUUUCAGCGUGAAACAAAGCAGAACCAGAAAGUCCAACAUAUGUGUUGCUCUUGAUUGUAACUGAUUUAAUGUUUAAAAAGUACCCUUUUUUUUGCUAAGAUAUAAAGUUUGAAAGGUUGCUGUGAGAGUUUCACUAAGUAUGCAUUUUCUUUUUGCAUAGUGUGUUUUAAACUAUGCAUUUCUUUUAUACCUUUUCAAACUAGAUAACUAGUUGAGAAAAAACAUUUUAAUCUGCAAAAUAAAUCAGCUGAGUAGAA